GUUUGCAGUUUAUGCAAUCUUUCAUCACAACUGCCUCGUUCUACCAACAAGAAAAAUAAAGCCUUCCGAUUAGGCAUAAGAGGAAACACGAACGUCGUCUUUGUCUUUUUUUUUUUUUUUACUGGAUCUAUCAAUCGCAACCUCGUAUUAUGGAUAUUAUUAUGGCUUUUGAAAAGUAAAUAUUGGUGGACCCAAAAAAUCACUGGGAGGUGAUCUAUUGAGAGUGGACUCGGAUUGUCCCUUUUCUUCCCCACUGUCUGUCUCCGUGUCCACUCUCUCUGUUUCUCUCCCUGUCCCCAUUGUUACUCCUUUUUUUUAGGCUGGAUUAUCACACGGCAAGGAUCCGGCUGCUUGCUGUUAUGGAUUUUAAUAGCAGCUCGGGUGGAGGCGGCGAUCUCCACAAUAACCACCACCAGCUCCAGACAGACGAAAGCAAGCCUUUGCUGGGUGAGGUGUCUGCUCCAGGACCACCGGACGGGAAUAAAAUGGGAGCAGCUCUGUGUCGGAGAGCCUUGCUCCACUGCAACGGGAUGAGGUAUAAACUACUUCAGGAAGGGGACAUACAGGUUUGUGUCAUCCGACACCCCAGGACAUUUCUCUGCAAGGUCCUCAGUUCCAAAUUAUUGAGGAGAUGGGAACCCCACCACUUGACCCUGACGGAUAAGAUUCUGGCUUCUGCUACUCCGACUGGUUACAUGGAAAACGCCAUCUCUUACAGCGCCAUAGAGGACGUUCAGCUGCUGUCCUGGGAAAAUGCCCCCAAAUACUGUUUACAGCUCACUAUCCCAGGAGGGACUGUACUUCUGCAGGCUGCCAACAGUUAUCUCCGGGAUCAAUGGUUUCACUCACUGCAGUGGAAGAAAAAGAUCUACAAGUACAAGAAGGUUCUGAGUAACCCGAGUCGCUGGGAGGUGGUUCUGAAGGAGAUUCGGACCCUGGUGGACAUGGCGCUCUCUUCUCCCCUGCAGGACGACUCUAUCCACCAGGCACCCCUGGAGAUCGUCUCCAAACUGCUCUCAGAGAAUACAAAGCUAAGUACACUGGAACAUGAAAACAUUAUAGCGGCAAUUGCACCCUUGCUGGAAAACAACCACCCACCUCCAGACCUCUGUGAAUUCUUCUGCAAGCACUGCAGAGAACGCCCCAGGUCUAUGGUGGUGAUAGAAGUGUUCACACCUGUGGUACAGAGAAUCCUCAAACACAAUAUGGAUUUCGGGAAAUGCCCUCGGUUGCGGCUCUUUACUCAGGAGUACAUACUGGCACUGAACGAGUUAAAUGGUGGAAUGGAGGUGGUGAAAAAGUUCAUUCAGAGCAUGCACGGGCCAACUGGACAAUGUCCUCAUCCCAGGGUCCUGCCAAACCUUGUGGCUGUCUGCUUAGCUGCCAUUUAUUCCUGCUAUGAAGAAUUUAUCAACAGCCGCGAUAACUCUCCCAGUCUUAAAGAGAUUCGGAACGGGUGCCAACAGCAGUGCGAGCGCAAACCACUGCCACUGCGCCUCAUGAGGACCAGCACUGACCUGGUGUCCCAGGAGGUCACCUCACCCGUGGAGACCCGCAUCAAGAUCGUCAACUGCAGCGAGAUCCACGUGGACCUGGAGCGCAACAACGUGGCCAAUCAGAAGCUGAAGGGGCCGGUGGGAGGCAGCGAGAGUGAGCCCAGCCUGAUUGACUGCCUUUUGGUGAGCCCGGCCUGCAGCACCAUGAGCAUCGAGCUGAGCCCCCAGGCUGACCGCGUGCUCGUCUGCUACGUCGAGAUCCUCAAGAUGCUGUCAGACUAUGAUGACUGGAGACCAGCUUUAGCCAGCCUGCUGCAGCCUAUUCCCUUCCCUAAAGAGGCUCUUGCACAUGAAAAAUUCACAAAGGAAUUAAAAUAUGUCAUUCAGAGGUUUGCUGAGGAUCCCAGACAGGAGGUCCACUCAUGUUUGCUGAGUGUCCGUGCUGGCAAAGACGGCUGGUUCCAGCUCUACAGCCCCGGGGGAGUGGCGUGUGAUGAUGAUGGGGAGCUCUUUGCCAGUAUGGUACGUGUCUGCAAUAAUGUUCACAUUUUGAUGGGUUCCUGCUACAAGACAAAGAAGUUCCUGCUUUCGUUGGCUGAGAACAAGCUGGGACCCUGCAUGCUCCUGGCAUUGAGGGGCAGCCAGACCAUGGUGGAGAUCCUGUGCUUGAUGCUGGAAUACAACAUUAUUGAGAACAAUGACACACAGCUGCAGAUCAUCUCAACGCUGGAGAGCACGGAGGUGGGGAAGAGGAUGUACGAGCAGCUGUGCGACCGCCAGAGAGAACUCAAGGAGCUGCAAAGGAAGGGUGGUCCCACAAGGCUUACUCUGCCAACCAAGUCAACUGACGCGGACCUGGCUCGCCUGCUGAGCUCCGGCUCCUUCGGUAACCUGGAGAACCUCAGCCUGGCCUUCACCAAUGUCACCAGUGCCUGUGCGGAGCAGCUUAUCAAGCUGCCCUCACUCAAACAGCUCAACCUGUGGUCAACCCAGUUUGGAGAUGCUGGAUUGCGGCUCCUCUCUGAGCACCUUACUACUCUGCAAGUUCUCAACCUGUGUGAGACCCCAGUUACUGAUGCUGGACUUCUUGCGCUAAGCUCUAUGAAAAGCUUGUGUAGCCUCAACAUGAAUAGUACUAAAUUGUCUGCUGACACAUACGAAGAUCUCAAGGCCAAGUUGCCUAACCUCAAGGAAGUGGAUGUUCGUUAUACUGAAGCCUGGUGAACUUUCUGCAGAGACGAUGAAAGAAAAAUAAAUCUCUAAAACAAAACCACUUUUUAGUGAGAUCUGUUUUUUGUAGAGCAGGAAGUUUGGGUACUGUGAAAGAAGCUCCCUCUGUCCA